AUGGAUUUCCUCAAAGAAUCAUCACCAACCGGGGUUGAAGAAUCCCAUCCCGACUGGAAGAUCAUCAGGCAUCCUCUCUACCAGCAGAGAUCGUCCCCAUGGUUCGAUCUGAGGGUCUUCUACGUGAGAUUCACCGGCUUCGAGGUCAAAGAUUCGACCCCCGAGCAUCUAACGCUCACGCACAUCCCCCUCUCCCCCAACACCAUCAUCGAGGUCAACGGCAGGAGGAGCAGCAUCUACUCCGAGAUCGUGUCUUCGUCGCUCAGAAGGGACAGGGUCGACAGGGAGACGGAGGAGACAACCUUCGUGGGAACCGACAGCAUAAGGUUGACAGGCAGCAUGAGGUUCGAGGUCUACGACAAGGACGAUCUGGUGCUCUCCGGAGCCUUGGAGCUCACCAGCGGCGAUGGCGGCGCCGCCGUGGAAGGAAAGAGUCGAGGGAAGACCUGGAGCAUCAGGUGUUGGCCACCGGCGGCCGCGACGGCGGGCAACGGCGGAUUUCUAAAGGGGAGGCAGCAGGCGGAAGCCCAGAUACCGGCCGCUGAGGUGUACCUCACCGGCUGCUUCUCUGGUUCUCCCAUCAUCCUCACCGAGACUCUUCAGCUAGGUCUCCCGAAGAAGAACCAGAGGAAGACGACGCUGGAUUCGAUUCCAGAGUACGAACCCAAAGACUUCAGGAGCUCUCUGGUAAAUAAAUAAAUAAACCUUCAUCCUUCUUCUUCUUCUUCUUCUUCUACUUCUACUUCUUCUACUACUUCUAUUACUUCUUCCGAUGAUUCAAAAUAUCCUUUUGACUGAUUCAGGGGGCCGAGUUUUACGGCGGUGGCGGAGGCGGUCAGCCGGAAUAUGCCGCAGACGAAGACUGCAGAAGCUUCUGCUCGAGGGAUGAGUAUCUCGACGGAGAAGGGGGGGAGCUCUCCUUGUUCAACGCCGGGGUGAGGGUGGGCGUCGGAAUCGGACUCGGCAUCUGCCUCGGCGUCGGAAUCGGGGUCGGCCUUCUCGCCCGCACCUACCAGGCCACCGCCAGGAACUUCAAAAGGCGAAUCCUUUGA